AUGUGCGCGAAUGCGAAUACCAAUGACAAUGCCAAUGCCAAUGGGAAUGCCCCUUCUGCGGCAUCGACAGCGACAGCGGCCCCGAUUACUUCGACAUUGUCGUCGCCAUCCGCUUUUGCGUCGACCCGAUCCCUCCUGUCGAGGCUCACCUCCCCUCUGAAAUCCCGCGCCCGGAACCUGACCGACUUCCACAUCCGCCCCGAUGAGCCCUAUCGCAAGUACUCGCCCGGCGACUUGGUCAAAGGCGCGGUGAUACUCACUAUUGUCAAGCCGGUCCGCAUCACGCAUCUCACGGUUUGCCUGCGCGGCUUCGUUCGCGUGUACAAACAUCCCAAUGAUGUUAAUGAGUCGUGGGCGGUUGACCCUUCGCUCGCCGCCCCGGGCGAUCCGACCAAAACCCAAUACUUUGGCAACGGGCACGCCUCGCUGUUCCAGGAUGAGGUAACGCUGUGUGGAGAGGGCCGCCUUGAGCCCGGUAUAUACGAAUUCAACUUCGAGUUGCAGUUUCCGAGCAAAGGCCUGCCAACGAGCAUUGAUUUUGAAAGAGGAACGAUUUCCUAUCUAAUUACCGCCACUAUCACACGCCCGACCUCGAUUGCUGCAACCUCAAGUUGUGAUCAGAAAAUCUCCCUCGUGGAGACGGUGGACAUCGGGCCCAUGCUUCCUCCGAAGGCCCGCACCAUAUCCCUAGAACCUAUAUCUCGGCGUCCUAAGCGGAAGAAAACGACUAAGACCAAGGAGAAUGGCUCCCAGGAAACGACUGAGCCGGGCUCUGAUACGGCGCGACCGCCAGGUUCACCGCUCCCUGAUGACUCGGCGAGCCAGCGGGGUUCGCAUGAUACGGGUGGUCCUCGCAGUCCUGCACCAAGCGAUAUCCAAAGUACUCACAGCACAGCUACAAGUACAGAUAGCACGCUUAGCAGCAGUACGGGUCUCAGCUUUCGCCUUGCGCCUGCGCCGUCGUCGCUAUCAGCACGCGAUAGCCAAGGAACGGGCAGCAAGAUCUCGCUCUCCAAGACGAUUACUGCUGCUAUCCAGCUACUCAAAUCUGGGUGUCUACCAGGUGAUAACAUGCCUCUUCAGAUAUCGAUCAAGCAUUCUAAGCCAAUAAAAAGCUUGCAUGGGAUCAUCAUAACAUUCUACAGACAAGGGAGGAUCGACUCUUCUCCGCCCCUGUCCCUAUUUGCAGAUAUCAAAGGAAAGGCAGCUGAGAGGUUGAAGCAUGAAGAAUACUACCCCAAGUCUAAGACCGGGCUCGGAGGGUUGUCGCUGACCUCGGCCGGUUCCAGCAAUGUGUUCCGGAAAGAUCUCUCACAGACCUUUGCACCUAUCUUGAUUGACCCGACGUCCCUGACUGCAGUUGUGAACACCUCGGUUAGGGCCCCUGAAGAUAUCUUCCCAACUAUCUCUGGGGUUCCUGGCCAAAUGAUAAGUUUCAGAUAUUUCGUCGAGGUUGUCGUAGACCUUGGUGGUAAGCUAGCAGGUCAGCAACGGCAUGUUCCACGAGCAGGGACAGUAACAAGUUAUGGCAGUACAGGCGGUCGCUUAGACGGAAAUGCCAACACAUUGUCGACCUGGGGCGGGGGUAUCGUCGAUACCGAUCACAUCAGAAGAGAAAAGAGCGUUGUCGCGUGCCAAUUCGAGGUCGUCGUUGGAUCUACUGACAGUGCGCGCAAGCGAGGCAGAGCCAACAGCGGACCUGGGCAAUUCAACGACAGACCUCUGGAAUCUCCAGGUUCUCCGGGGAUACGGGAUCCCAUAUUCGAAGAAUCCCUUGCACAAGGAACUGUUGAACCGCAAAAUAUGGACGCACAAACUCUUCACCCACGCGAUGAUCCAUCGUAUGGCGAGGGCUAUCACGACUACUACUCUGACCCUCCGUAUGAUUACAAUGAUGUGGCUCAUCAUCACCCCAAUGAGUUUCCUCCGCCUAUCCAUUCCCAAAUAUCCGUACCUCAUCCGGAGGUGCAGUCACAUGAAGGCUUGGGUGAAAAGGAGCGACUUCGCCGGGCCGAGGAACGACUUUUGCCCAGUCAACCGCCACCCGAUACUGACGCGGACCCUUCAUCAUCAAGAACAGUCGUCCCUCCAUCAGCCCCAUCUCUACAUCCCCACGAAUCAUCCGAUGAUCUAUACCAUGCCGAAACCGUGACCCCACAAACAGCACCAACAUCUGCACCUUCACAUCCCCCUGAGCUCUCACCCAAUGCUUCCACCACUCCCAUUCUAGGCCCCACCUCCACCCCAGCCCUCGACGACCUUGACCCAGCUCCAGAUGCUCCACCAACCGACGACAAGCAAGAACUAGAACGUCGUCGCCUGUUAGCUGAAGCUACCGCACCCUCACAUUUCCCUCCAGACGACGACGACAACGCAGGGGAGGGGAGCUCCAGACCUCAAUAUGAGCCCACAGCGCCUACUCUCACCGAAGAAGACGAGUACGGAGGGAGCUACACCCAGCAUUUCCCACCAUCGCCUCCUGGCCCUUCACAUAAUGAGACCCUGCCCAAGUAUGAACGGUGA